AUGUUUGAGCACACGGUCCGCGAUAGACAGGGGCUGUCUGUGCUCCUUAUUGGACCACGAGCGGUAGGAAAAACCGCCAUAAUAAACCGCGCUUUGGACAAAUUGGCAAUUGACUAUGAUGGUCGAUACAUAGUGGUUCGCCUUAGUGCGUACUUUCAUCCUGACGAGCACGCGGCUGUUCGAGAAAUUGCCCGGCAAUUGGAUAUUAAUGUCAAAAAAAACGACUCUUCGCACCAGUCGCAGUUUCAGCAGCCGGCCAUAAACGACACUUUCAGCAACAUUCUCAACAUUCUCGACCAUACCAGCUCCUCAGAGUCCAUGGCGGUGAUCUUUAUUGUGGACGAAAUCGACAAAUUUACAGACAACAAACAGACACUUUUAUACAACUUGCUUGACCUCGCACAGACAUCGCAAGUGCCCAUUUGCGUGGUGGGAGUUUCUACAAAAAUUACCGUGAGAGAACUUUUUGAAAAACGAGUACGAAGCCGGUUCAGCCAGCGGGUGAUUUCGUUGGCCAAGCCAGGGUCAAUUGACCACUUUUGGUCCGGUGCCAAACUCGCACUUUUGUUAUCAUCAAAUAAUAUUUCGCAGUUGCAAGAUGAAAAUUACGGCCGGUUGUGGAACCAGUAUAUCGACUCGUUGUUCACGCAGUCGCCAAUAGUAAAGAAGCUCGUUUAUGAGUUGUACUAUUCCACGAAAAAUUACCGCCAAUUCAACAUCUACUCCACUUUUGCAAUCGCACAAAUUUCUCCACAGUGCCCGUUUCCUGUCGAUACCCAUUUUCUACACUACGCCAACGUCCAGCCUCCAGGAACUAUCCAGGGCUUAUUCCAGUCGCUCUCCACACUAGAAUUGUUGCUUGCAAUCGCCGCAGCCAGAUGGAUCGAAAAAUUCGACUUGCAAACCAUCAACUUCAACUUGGCCUACAAAGAAUACGAAGAAAUGAUAAAACUGUUCAAUAUCAAUUCCACCACCUUGGCAACAUCGUCGCCGUCUCGAAGCGACACUCGCAUUUUGACCAACAUCAAAGUCAACCAAAAAGUGUGGUCUGCCAAAGUGUUGCGAAAUAGCUGGGAGUCGCUCUACAGAAUGGGUCUAUUAAUAGACCAGUCGGGCGUGUCCACCAAUGCCGAUGGCCAUGUAAUUUCCAAUGCCCAGCUCAAUAAAACCUACACCAUUGAAGACAGCAAGAUGGUGCAGCUCGACACAAACUUGGAGGAGAUUGGCACCCGACUAGACGACCAGGACCCAUUCAAGAGAUUGACAAAGUUGUAG